AUGUAUUUCCCCAACGAAGGGCUGUCUUCAGCGGGGUAUAGAGCGGAGGCUCUACCACCAGCGGCUACUCAUGCCGAAUUCCAACGCAAUAUGGAUAUCAAUCGCCUCACUAACUCGAUAAGGACCUACUCCUUUAUAUGGCUGGUCGUUGGGAUGGUUGGGAUCUUCGAUUCAGUAGUGUCUAUGAUAACCGAUGGUAAAGCCCAGGAGAUGUAUUUGCUUCGGUCCAUCGUAAUAUGCUGUGCGAGUUUCGUGUUGUUGGCCUGGGAGAUGCGAGAAAGCAGAGUGGCGACGGUUACGGCAUGCAUACUAUAUUUAUCUUAUGCACCCUUGCUUCUUCUGGAGUUCGUGGCUGAUCUCUCCUGCUCGGGCAAGUCUGUCGAAUCUUCGACCGUUUUAUACAGCUGUCAGCCUUUCCUCGAGUACGAUGGCUACACGUUGGUCUAUAAGGUCCACACACUAGUAUUGUGCGCCUUCGCCAUGUACAUGGGUUGGCUGCUCUGCAACUACUUGAACAAGACCAGAGGUAUCAAGCGGCAAGAGAGGGAGUCCAGCACCUUACGAGCGGCAAGAGCUAAGUGGCGAGCUACGAGCGAUGCGAUGAUAGCAGCCGCUGCGUCCUCUAAGCGUGGCAGCCCAGUCGGAACUCCACUCAGGGGAAGAGUCGACUCUAUGCAGAGUUUUUACACAGUCUCCACUGGGUCUGAUCUCAAUGAACCUCUAUUGGAGCGUAUGGAGAACGGCGAGAUGAUGCCGAGCAUCGAAAUACCUAUGUUGUGCAAGGACGACGAUGAACUCACGCAGGAUGAACUGUUAUGCAUCCGCGAGCUCAGAGAGAGGCUGAAGAACUUGGACCUGACCAGCAGAUACGUUACGCAUGAUUGGCUUAAGUUGGCUUGGUCGCGUAAUCUUGAUGUAGAUAAGGCAGAGGCUCUGGCACGUCGCCAUGAAGAUCUUCUGAGGAAGCUACCCAUCCGAGAAAUACCAGAAUCCGAUAUACAACGCAACUUCAGUGCAGGGUUCAGCGUGAAGGCUGGACGUGACCUCGACGGGAGGCCCAUGGGAUGGGUGAGAAUGAGGUUCAUGGCUCCAGCAGCAAUACCGAUACUUUGUGGUGUUAAAUCUACAUGGAUGGCUUUGGAUGCGGCUUUAGCUGAUCCUGCAUCGGUGCGCCUAGGUGUGUGUCUAGUAUAUGAUUUUGCCGGUAUUGGGAUGAAGAAUAUUACACUCAACGUGGGAGAUAUCAAGAAAGGAGCUCUUGCCGUUGGCUUGGGUCACAUCUCUCACAUCAGCAGAGUCAUGUUCGUGGACGCGCCGUUCAUCUUCCGGGCAGCAUGGGCGGCCGUGUCACCACUGCUGCCCUCGUCCUUGACGAAUGUUGUGACCUUUGUGAACACCACUCAUGAUGGAGAUGUUGAAUGGUGUGCUGGUGUUUGUGAUCCCAGCGAGCUACCAGCCUAUUUAGGAGGUGAAGUCGAUGGCGAUUACUAUCCUUGGUUGACAACCCGUCUGGUUGGUUCUCAUCUGGCGUACCGCGAGUACUGGCCUACAUCCAGCGGUCCUGAGGACAUCUCGAGCGCCUCUACCAGCGGUAGCGCUUCCACCUCCUUUGGGCAUCAGCCGCUUGAUGAUACAGCGUUGCCGGCUUUGGUGAAUUACGAGUCGAGAUUCUGAUUUUGGUUGGGUCGAACAGUUGCCAGUUAGGGAACUCGAUGUCUAGUGAUCUAAAUGGUGACAUGGUUAUGAUGUCUGUCUAACACGUCUGAGGUUGCAAGUUCUAUCCCCGGCGAUGAUAUUUCGUACAUUGUAUUGAUGACUGUUUAUUCGAGAGUUACUAAAGCUAACAUUACCUUGAAAGUUGUCUGAGACUGCGUGUGACCAGUAAUUUGGAUUCCCAGCACU